CCCGCGCAUAAGAGCGCCCCGCGCCGCCGGCCGGCAGCUUCUGCGCAGAGCUCGGCAAGAACUCACCAUGGUGCUGUCUGCCGCCGACAAGGCCAACGUCAAGGGCUUCUGGUCGAAGAUCGGCAGCCACGCCGGGGAGUAUGGCGGCGAGGCCCUGGAGAGGACCUUCUCCUCCUUCCCCACCACCAAGACCUACUUCCCCCACUUCGACCUGAGCCCCGGCUCCGCCCAGGUCAAGGCCCACGGCAAGAAGGUGGGCGAAGCCCUGACCCUCGCCGUCGGCCACCUGGACGACCUGCCCGGCGCCCUGUCCGCCCUGAGCGACCUGCACGCGCACAAGCUGCGGGUGGACCCGGUCAACUUCAAGCUGCUGGGCCACUGCCUGCUGGUCACCCUGGCCCUCCACCACCCUGCCGAAUUCACCCCUCCCGUCCACGCCUCCCUGGACAAGUUCAUCUCCGGCGUCAGCGCCGUGCUGACCUCCAAGUACCGUUAAGCUGGAGUCUGCCACCCCCGGCCUCGCCCGCAGGCCUCCCUCCCCUCCGCGCACCUCAGCCUCCUGGUCUUUGAAUAAAGUCUGAAUGGGCGGCA